AUGACCGAAAGCCGACGACUGUUUAUGAUUAAUAUGAUCGAUCCACCGUCCAACGGAGGAGUGCUCGCCGACAUUUUUCGUGGCAACAACUAUAGGAGGAGAGGACGACGGUUCCUGUCGUUUCGGAUUUCGUUCCCGUCUCACCGCGGGCACAGUCAAACGACCUGGCGACGACAGCGGUGCCCGUUUAUCCCGGAUGACCGGCGACCACGGAAGACGUCUGUAACGCACCCGCAACCCCAACACCCACCACCGCGGGUCCGGUCUCGAAUUGCCGCCAUGGUAAUACUAUCGACAUGGAGUUUCAUCAGCAUCACAGCGUUCGCGUCGCAAAUAUUUGCCAACACGUUACACGAGCACAUGGACGUGGAUGGCCUGAGGACCUUAUUUCACGUGGAACACCAUUCAGAAGUGCCCGUUUACGAAGUCAUCAGCCUGCACUCGAUCGCCAAACGGGAUGCGGACGGUGCGCACAAGGUUCGACUGAAGGCGUUCGGAGAACACCACGACUUGCAGCUAGAACCUUCCGAUCGCCUUUUUACGGGCGACAAAUUGCGUGCCUGGACGGCACAUCACAACGCCACCACGGACACGGUGCACUACACCGAACUACCGAACGACGAACACAUCGGAGUGCCGUAUCAAGACGUCGGUAAACGGGCGGCGGUCGUCUUACACAACGACCACGAGGACGGAACGAUUCUUAUGGAAGGUACCAUCGGGGAUCAUCUGGUGGUGAAGCCCGUGCCAGCCGUGUACAGGAGACACGUACAGUCUACCACCCCCGACGACGAGAUGUUCUUGGACCGAGACGGCGACAACGAAGUGUCCAACCAGGGUUUCCCCCUGAAGUCACAAAAGUUCGUGGCACAUCACAAGCACGUAGUGUACAGAAGGAACCCCGAAACUGACCGGACGGCGGGAGAUUACGCGCUAAUGGAACCUGACGCGUUGCCGAGGAGCAGGCGGAAAAGAUCGAUCACCAAGCGGGAAGCGCCGUACGCCAUUUACCCGGAAAUAAUGGUCAUCGUCGACUAUGACGGUUACAGGUUGCACGGGGGAGACAACGUACAGAUUAAACGUUACUUUGUGUCCUUCUGGAACGGCGUGGACCUCAGGUACAGACUACUCAAGGGUCCAAAAAUACGUAUAAGCAUCGCGGGCAUCAUAAUAUCGCGGGUAAAUAAAGUAUAUAAUAAGUAUUAA